AUGCACCAAAUUGCCGAAGAUGAACGUCUCAGGUAUCCUGCUGCAGAAAACGUCCUUAAGCAUGAAAUGUAUGUUGACGACAUACUUUCUGGAGAUCACACCUUUGAAAGAGCUGAGCAAAAACGACUGCAUGUCACCGAAGCUCUAAAAUCCGCUUGUAUGGAACUGCGAAAAUGGUCUAGUAACCACGCACUGUUGCUAACAACAAUUCCUCUGGAGCAUCAAUGUAAACUAACACCUUUGAAUUGGGGCACCGGCGACGCAGUCAAAACGCUUGGGAUGUAUUGGCUUCCUAACCAGGACUUCCUCAAGUAUAAAAUUCCCUCUUUCGUUCACACAGGUUCAACCAAACGAAUUAUUUUAUCCAACAUUGCGCGGUUGUUCGAUCCGCUGGGAUUAAUCGCACCCAUAAUAAUAUCCGCAAAGAUCAUUCUGAAGCAGGUAACUAUGGCAAAACACCUUAACGAAAAUGGUUCAUUGGCACCUUUAGAUUGGGAUGACCCAGUUCCUGAGUCAACAGCACAACGAUGGCAAGAAUUUUGUAACACCAUGUUCGAUAUCGAUGACAUCGUCAUCCCACGUUGGCUCCGAUUUAAUCCAAGAACCAACAGCGUACAGUUACAUGCCUUUUGCGACGGCUCAUCAGAAGCAUACGCAGUAGCAGUGUACAUUCGAGUUGAGCAACCAGAUGGCAUGUCACACACCGCGCUUAUCACCGCCAAAUCCAAAAUAUCGCCCACGAAACCAUUGACAAUACCUCGCACUGAAUUAUGUGGUGCAGUACUGGCCAUCAAGCUUAUGAAAUGGGUAGUGGCGAAUCAACGCUGGACCGCUGAAACAAUAUCCAGUUUCUACUGGACUGAUGCAACGAUCGUCUUACACUGGAUAAGCGGCGAUGUGAAUAGAUGGAAAACCUUCGUGUCCAAUAGGGUAGCAUACAUUUUGGAACACUCCACUCCAAGCCAAUGGAGUCACGUGAGUACUCGGGAAAACCCUGCAGAUUGCGCCACACGAGGGCUGUUGCCUGCAGAACUUGCGAAAUUUAAGUUGUGGUGGCAUGGCCCAAAUUGGCUAGCUCAUUCUCUGACCGAAUGGCCUUCAAGAAAGAUUGGAGAUUGCGAUAUCGACGCAGUUAUGACAGAAGCAAAGCCCUGCAAGAUUACAGUUAACUUAACCUCAGCAUAUGAUUCACUGAUCAAUCGAUUUUCCUCCUACACUAAACUACUCCGUGUAACCGCUUAUUUGCUACGCUUUUGCAACAACGCACGUGGCAAAUCGCAAAGGUUAACUGGUUUCCUAUCAACAGAAGAAAUACAAAGGGGCAUGCACUGCAUCGUUCGCAUUGUUCAACUUGAAACUUUCGCUGCUGAAAUAAAAGAAAUUCGCGCAUCAAAGUCCGUGCCACAUAAAAGCAAGUUGUCUAACUUAUCACCAAUCAUGCAAGAUGACAUCUUGCGCAUCCGCGGGCGUCUUCGCCAUUCAAAACUACCGUUCAAUCGACGGUGUCCUAUCAUUCUACCGAAUGGCCAUUUCAUCACAGAGCUAGUAAUCAAACACUCCCACCACACAACCCUGCAUGGUGGAGCGCAGCUUACCUUAGCUCAUACCCGAUAUCAAUUUUGGAUAAUAAACGGAAGGCAAGCAGUACGUCGCAUCAUACAAAAAUGCGUUCGCUGUUUCCGCACCCAACCGACAACAAGCGCUCAAAUCAUGGGAGAUUUACCUCUGCAUCGAGUCAACCCACCGGGUCGCCCGUUUGAAGCAACUGGCGUUGACUACACAGGCGCAAUUGAACUAAAGGCCGCGCGGUUGCGUGGCACAAGUUUCUACAAGGGAUACAUUGCAAUAUUCAUCUGUGUUGCAACCAAAGCUAUCCACUUGGAAGCAGUCACGGGACUCACAGCAGAACAUUUCAUGUGGGCGUUGGAUCGAUUUACAGGACGUCGUGGUCUGUGUCGUCACUUAUAUAGCGAUAAUGGUACGAAUUUUGUAGGUGCAGACAAUGCGCUUAAGGUUGCAUACUCGCGAUUGAUGUCCGACGUCGAAACCGUGAUCGCCCCUAAGCUUGCCACUCAAAGCAUACAGUGGCACUUCAAUCCGCCCCACUCGCCGAACUUUGGAGGCCUGUGGGAGGCAAACGUUAAAUCGGUUAAGCACCAUCUUAAACGAGUAGCCGUGAACACACGCUUAACCUACGAAGAACUCUCCACUGUGCUUGUUAGGAACGAAUCGUGUUUAAACUCACGACCACUUUGCCCACUCACGGCGGAUCCAGAUGACUUGGAUAGUUUAACUCCAGCACAUUUCUUAAUUGGGGACUCUAUGCUUGCACCUACAGAAUGUCGACCUCAAGCUACAUCUUUUCGAGAACAGUUUUUGACGCAGCAGAAAAUGGUACAUCAGUUUUGGAAGCAAUGGUCUCAUGACUGGUUAGCUAAUCUUCAAAAACGACCAAAAUGGUGUAAGGAGGCCGACAAUUUAAAGGUUGACGAUUUAGUCAUUGUUAAAGACGAUAGGGUUCCGCCGACGCAUUGGAUCCUUGGACGUGUCGUAGAACUACAUCCUGGCGCUGACGCCUUAGUUCGCGUAGUUACACUUAAAACCAAGCAGGGCAAAUUGAAGCGUUCGAUAUCAAAAUUAUGUCGACUUCCAAUUUCAGCAUAA